CUCCAACUGUAGUUACUCCACUAAACUUACCUACCUCUGUAAAUGAGUAAAUAAUUGUAAAUAUAUUAACUUUGUGAGUGGCUUUGGAGAAAAGUGUCAAAUUCCAGUGAUUUAUCACUCUGGACGAGUUCAGCGUAGAAAACUCCCUUUGCCACCUAGUGUGAAUUUGUUCUCCCGUGUUUACACCUCGUUGUCGCUGAUCAGUUCACUUGACAAGUUCCGCACGGUGACAAUAAACAUCAGUAAUCAGCGCGUCAAAAAAUGGGUGUAAUUCGCGGUUCCUACCAGCAGGGGCGACAUUCGCACGUGUGGCACUGCGAGACGCAGGGAAAUCCACGAAGAAGAAUCUUCACGCCACAUCCCCCUCUUCUGCCUAAGGGAGGGGUUUCAAGCGGAAGUCCGGGCGGAAGUAGGGCGGAGCAUGAGGCGGAAGUGAAGGUGCUUCGCUACAGACCGGCGGAAAGCCGUCAGUGAUUUGUGUGUUGAGCUGUUUUGUGAAGUCUGUGGUUCCCGUUUGCAGAGAAGCGGCAAAGGUGACCGAGCGCGGUCAUGUCGGUGAACUACGCGGCCGGACUGUCUCCGUACCCGGACAAAGGGGUGUGCGGCCUGCCCGAGGUGUUCGACUCCCCCGAACAACUCCGCUGUCAGGUGGCCGCACUCGCCCAGAUGAUCCGCGACGCCAAGUACCUGGUGGUGCACACGGGCGCGGGGAUCAGCACCUCUGCAGGGAUUCCCGACUUCAGGGGCCCCAAAGGCGUGUGGACUCUGGAGGAGCGGGGCGAGACCCCUCACUUUGAGACCACCUUUGAGGAGGCGCGACCCAGUCCCACCCACAUGGCGCUGCUGGCGCUGCAGAGAGCCGGUUACCUCAAGUACCUCAUCAGCCAGAACGUGGACGGCCUGCACAUGCGCUCCGGCUUCCCCAGAGACCUUCUUUCCGAGCUCCACGGCAACAUGUUUGUGGAGGAAUGCUGCAGAUGUGGCAAGCAGUAUGUGCGGGACAAAGUGAUUGGCGUCAUGGGCUUGAAACCAACAGGGCGCUACUGCCAGGAGACCCGUUCCCGAGGGCUCCGUGCCUGCAGGGGGAAGCUGAUCAGCACCAUUCUGGACUGGGAAGAUGCACUGCCAGAUCGGGAUCUAGGCCGGGCCGACGAGGCCAGCAGGCGGGCUGACCUGGCACUGACCCUGGGCACUUCACUGCAGAUCCGGCCCAGUGGGAACCUUCCGCUGGCCACCAAGCGCAAGGGGGGCAAGCUGGUCAUUGUCAACCUGCAGCCCACCAAGCACGACAAACACGCCGAUCUACGUAUCCAUGGCUACGUGGAUGAGGUCAUGAUCCAGCUGACGGAGCUGCUGGGGCUGGACAUUCCCGUGUGGACGGGGCCAACGCUGUGCGAGAGCUCCGCAGUGGACGUGAAGCUUGGCCCCCUCGCCUUUCCCAAGGUGGAGGUCAAGAGCGAGGAGGUGAAGAGCGAGGCUGAGGAGGACAAGAAGGGGGCGACCGAGCGUAUCUCAGCAACUGACUUCCUUAGAGCACCCAGUGACAAAGGGGCAGGAAGCAGGCAGCUGGUUAACAGGAGUCCCCUCUGCCGUCCAUCUGCACCGGGGCCCCACUGCGCCCCUCAUGCCAAGAGACCCAAACUCCCUCCUGAAUGUCCCGAGGCCGGUGAGCCCUGAUAGCCACGCGACAGAGGGGGGGACACACACACGGGCACAACCCC